GCAGAAAUAUGAAGUAAAUAAUGUGGUUUAUUAAUUUUACUUUUCUGUGAUUGCCAAUGGGUAAAUCAAUCAAGUGAUAUGCGUUUGAUGGUGCCUAUAAAGAUUUAUGAUAUUAGGUCAUCAAUUAUUUUCGCAAAGUGGGUGAAAUAAGUGAACUCGGUAAAUAUAAGCGUAGGUAUUGUCAUUAUGGAUCAAGAUAAGUCUGAAGGCAGUUCGAAUUCAUCAAACCCUGGAAAGAGGCCACGGCCGUUUCUAUUACAGCCAUGCCCGAAGAUCGCUCGAUUAUCCAUGUACGACAAACCAUCAACAAACUGUCAGAAAAGUCCUAGGACUAGUGUGCCAAAGAAGACAAAACUAUCAUAUAAUAUUAGUGAUGUGCCAGCUUCAGGAACUCCUGUGCCAGAAAAACGGGUUCGUAAGGCCGGCCCAUAUCUUUUAGGGCCUAAACUAGGACCGAGUCCUGUAAAAAGUAUAGUUCAAUGUUUGGCAAGAAAAGAAAAGACUGAUGACUUUUAUCAAAUCAAAAUUUUGACUUUACGACAUGAAGAUCAAGCUGAGACACAGGAUGACAGGCAGGGGAAGAUGUUACUGCAUACUGAGUAUUCUUUAUUGUCAUUAUUGAAAGAUCAAGAUGGAGUGAUUCAUCACCAUGGAUUAUUUAAGGAUUAUGCUUUAGAGGAAGCUCCCAGCUAUUUUGGAUCUAACCGAGCAUAUAAAGGCAGUGGAUCUGGCCGUAUCUACACAGGCCGAGUCCGUGAGAGGCUCUUUCUUGUACUUGACUGUGUAAAUGCUCACCAGUUCAGUGAGAAAGGUAGUGAGCUCAUCAACCUCCAGCAAUAUGUGACAAAAGUCAAAAAGGUUCCAGAAAAGGAGGCACUUUUAAUCUUUUAUGAUAUUGUGAGAGUUGUUGCAAACAUGCAUAAGAGGAAUGUCGUACACCGGGACCUGAAGCUGGGAAACAUUGUGUUGAAUCAGAGAACUGGCCGCAUCACCAUUACAAAUUUCUGUCUUGGGACUCACCUUGGCAGUGAUAGGGAUUUGUUAAAAGAUCAAAGAGGGUCACCAGCAUACAUAUCACCAGAUGUCCUAAUGUGCAAGCCGUACCUCGGCAAGCCAUCAGACAUGUGGGCGUUGGGGGUUGUGCUGUACACCAUGUUGUACGGCCAGUUCCCGUUCUGUGAUACCAGUCUUGCGCAGCUGUUCAGCAGGAUACAGGCGGCCAGCUAUAAUAUACCACCAGAUGGUAACUCGGUUCAAGUUUCGGACAACACAGUCUUUCUUAUCCAGAGGUUGUUGGUGAAAGACCCGAAACACAGACUCCUGGCAGAUGAGGUGCUAGACCAGCUAUCGAGCAUCAUAGCCAGCUCAGUUAUAGUCCCGAGCGUCCCCGAUGAUCUGCAAGUAGUGCCCGAGGUGGUGCUCGAGGAAGACAAGGUCAAGGACAAACCUGAGGAGAGCAAGGCGCUCACUCCUGUGCCGGACAGUGCGGAGAGAGUGCAGACUGCUAGUGAGGACGUCGGCGUAUACUGCGUCCCUCUGCCGGACUUCCUAGCUCUGAACAUCCCAACUUCGAGUCAAGCGAGCACGCAGACACAGACCAACGAAGUGACGUCGCCGGCGCAAGCGCAAGGCCAGCGCCAGAUCACCGUGCAGAGGAUAGGCCGGGACGCGAGGCCUCUCAACCACACGGAAAUCGCCAGGUACCAACACAUGUUCACCAACAAUCAAUCUCGAGAGCGCACGGAGCCGGCCCGACAGAGCGUAGUCCCCGAGCCUCGGCCAGAGAGCUCCAGGCUGCGCGCUCUAGCCCAGAGGAUCCCCCGCCUCAACCCCAUAGUCGCCAGCACCUCCGGCCAGUCCACUUCAGGCGCCUCUACAGACUUUCGGGUCAUCCCGUGGUCCGAACGGUCCAGACUGCAAUUCGAUAGAUCAUUAGACCAAGAUUUUGUUCUGAGAUUACCGCUUCUGGAACUCGGCAGAUUGCCACACUUUCACCACACCGCAGACAGGAUCCUGAACGGGCACGCGGUGCGUACGUCUUUAGAGUCGGUUAUAAACAACCCGAGACCGCCUGCUGAUAAUAACGACUUCGAAUAUAAUUAGAACAAUGUUUCUGUCUUUAGAAACUCGGUGUACGUAGCUGUAGUGUUGUUGGUAAUGGGUCUGUUACAUAUUGCACAUUAACAUGAAUAACAAGAGUGUAUUACAUGUGACCAAAUUUCACUCAUAUUGUCAACACUUACGUUUAUAAAAUAUAAGAGGGCUUAUCAGACUCAAGGGAAUCUGUCCGUAACCACGGCUGUAAUGUUCCUUCCGAAACGUGGGGCAAAAUAUAAACGUAAGUGUUACGCAAUUAAGGGCCGGUUGCAUCAAACCGUCUGUUACCGUUAAAGCGUUCGUUAAAUUUUAUUGUAUGGGAAGUUCCGUAGACGUUUGCCGCUUGACGAUGAUGUGUCUGUCAAAUAUGGUUGAUGCAACUGGCCAUUAGUCUCGUUUUAAUUUUAUAAUAUACAUGUGACUGCUCAGAAUUAGUAAUCAUGUUCGCCCUAAUUUUAUAGUUGUGUUAAUAUUGAACCUCAAAUAUAUAAAAAUGACUAAGUAGGUCCUCAAAUAGUCUUAAGUAUGCAACAAUUGCGUUUUAUAAUUGAAAGUAUUUUAACUCAGAUUCUCAUUUUUAAAAUUUAGAUAUGUUAAAUAAUUAUUAAUAUGCACAGUAUGACGGUCCUAAUAACUUAGAUAGUCUCUUGGUUUAAGUUCGUAACAUAUUCAUUUUGUGGUACGUUUUGAGCGGAUAUGAAGGCCCUAUGUAACAUUGUAAUUUGUACAGUAAGUUGCUUACAAAAGGUAGGCACGCGCCCAGCAUAAAAGUUUGGACCCAUUUACACAGCGCGCGAACUAGUUACAUUGCGGGGUGUAGCCUACGUUCAAUUCAGCACACCAAUGAAAUGCCACAAUGUCUCACCACAAACUCGCAAGCAAGUUCUCGCACUGUGUAAAUGAGCCCUGGGCCCUGAGUAUGCAAGAGAGGUAUAUUUUCUCUUAGUUCUUGUCUUUUCUCUGAAUAGGGACAAAUGCGUGUGCAUUCUAACUUUCCAACACUAUCGGCUAAUCGUCUAUUUUAAAUUCUAGAAACGACUAGUUAUUUUUAUAUAUGUUCAUUGUUAUGUUAUAGUUAACGAUUUUUUACAUUGGGUAUUUUAAUCGAAUUAUUUUAAAACUCACAAGGUCAAUCAAUGCAAAGCCUGUAUUACUUAAUAUGAUUCGUCCAUGUUUAUAUUAUACUCGUUAAACAUUUAAGUUUGCCAAAUUACAAUGUAUUAUAAAACGUAAGGUUAAGUAGGUAUCUCAUUAUAAUGUAUGUUAGUCUACAGCUUAGUUAGGGUAAUUGUCUAAUUGUUCUCUUUAAUAUACAAGUUGCUAAUCAAUAUCUGGUAAUCUGCAAUAGUAAAGUUUUUCGCUUGGUACUGUAAACCUUAUGUCUUGUUGGAAUACCAAUUGAUUUGCAGAGAAGCAAUGUAGAGGGAGGUAGCGGGAUCCGAAUAAAAGGUCGAUGGACUGUGUGAGCGAUGAUAUUAAAGGAGUACAAGUGAAUAACGACAAUGUCCAAUAGAGAGAUGUGGAAGAAACAAACAUGAUGCACCGACUCCAAGUAAAUGGGACUAGGGCAAGCAAGUUAUGAUGCAGGAAGGCUUUAUCGUUUUCACGCGACUAUGUAGUUGAUCAUAAUUAAGAAGCAAUUAGGCCGAUCGUCCACUGUCACAUGUUUAUCAUAGAAAUAUGAUCACAGGCAACAUGCCGUUCUUUUUCUUCACGUUCGAUAAAAAGGGAGGCAUACAGACCUAUGAUCAUAUUUCUAUGAGAAACAUAUGAUAGUGGACUAUCGGCCUAAGACCCAUAGUCCACUAUCAUAUGUUUGUGAUAGAAAUAUGAUCAUAGGCAACAUGCCGCCCUUUUUCUUCACGUUGGAGAAAAAGGGAGGCAUACAGAGUCUGUAUUACAGACCUAUGAUCAUAUUUCUAUGAUAAACAUAUGAUAGUGGACUAUUGGCCUUGACAUCAAUUAUGAGUUAUAAAACAACGUCAGGCCUAUUGCACAAGCUGUCUUUUGCUUUGCAAAAAUUGAAUUGAGAAUUAUUUUGUGUAGAAUAUUUAGUGGACAUUAUACAGCUGAUGGGAAAGUGUCACAAUCCUAGGAAUUGCUUGUUAAGAAGGCUGCUUGUUUUAUGUAUAUUUUUAUAUCAAAAAACGAAUUAAUCGUAUAUUACGUGUUCUUGUACAAAUAAAAUGGUUUAUGUUGUAAGUAGUUA